AUGGCUGAAAAUGAGCCCGUGGAGAAGAAUGGAGUCAUUGGCUUGACCUAUAGGAAUCUCACCGAGGACAAGGAGUCUUGGUACCUGAAAACCACCAGGAUGAUUUCUUCCGAGCUUUAUCUGCGUCCCGACUUGGAUCACUCAGAUGAUGAGAAGACUUUUUCCCGGAAAUAUUCCCCGAGUUUAAAAACGAUGAUUCCCAUCCGUAUCUGUGCUUACCUAUCCGUCAGUCCGGUGGAUGACGCGGGGCUGGUCUCAUUCGCAACGUUCUCAUGGAUUUCGUUCUUAAUGGUAAAAGGAUGCAGACACAAGAUCGACAUGGACACUUUGCCUCCAUUAUCGUAUUAUGACAGUUCGGAGCCGAAUGCCAAAAGAUUUCGACUGCUUUGGGAAGCCGAGCUGGCAAAAUUCGGACCGGAGAAAGCCUCUCUCGGCCGAGUUGUUCUUAAGUUCCAGAGAACCCGGAUUUUGACAGACAUCCUGGCAAACUGCAUUUGCGUUAUUUUUUGCGCUUUAGGACCGACAGUGCUCAUCCAUAACAUCCUCCAGCACAGCGAAAGCGGCUCCACCGACUUGCUUAAAGGGAUCGGCCUCUGCGUAGCCCUCUUCCUCGCAGAACUCACCAAAGCAAUUUUCUGGGCGUUGACGUGGGCUAUCAACUACCGCACCGCUAUGAGGUUGAAAGUCGCUGUGACCACGGUGGCCUUCGAGAAUCUGCUGGCGUUUAGAACUUUGUCCCACAUUUCCGUUGGAGAAGUGAUCAAUUUGUUAGCUAACGAUGGCUAUCGGAUGUUCGAAGCGGCCUUGUUUUGUCCCCUGCCAAUCUCCGUCCCUGUGCUGAUGGUUGCCUGCACCAUCUAUUCGUGCCUUAUCCUCGGUCCCACGGCGCUCAUUGGAUUGUUGGUUUACGUUCUGUUCACGCCUUUACAGAUGCUCAUGGCUAAGCUCACCUCCAUAUUCCGGAGAGCUGCCAUUUUGGUGACCGACCAACGCGUGAGGAUAAUGAACGAGAUUCUGACUUGCAUCAAGCUGAUCAAGAUGUAUGCUUGGGAAAUGUCCUUUGCAAAAGCUGUCAGAGGCAUAAGGAAAGCGGAAAAGAAAAUAUUAGAAAAAGCAGGAUAUGUCCAGAGUGUGAAUUCUGCCCUUGCGCCAAUCGUAUCUACCCUGGCCAUUGUCAUGACCUUUAUCUUCCACACCCUUUUGAAACGGGAACUGACAGCCUCUGUGGCUUUCAGCGUGAUUGCAAUGCUGAACGUGAUGAAGUUUUUGAUUGCCAUUUUACCUUUCUCUGUGAAGGCGGCGGCAGAAGCCAAAGUUUCUCUUAAAAGACUGAAG